AAGAAAACUAACAAAUAUAACAGAAUAACCCUUCAAGAAAACCCCCCCAAAAAACAAAAAUCCUCGCGAUUCCCGAGAAAGUCACGGAACAAACACAACUUUUUGUCUUCAAAUUACAAUUAUUAUUGUUGUUGUUGUUAAAGCAUCUCUUGCUAAACAAUGCUUCCCUUCUUCCCUUACUAGUUUUUGUUUCUUUCUCUUCUUUUAUUCUUUUCUUGCACUAUGUUUUCUGCUGCUGUCUGUUUUUAGAACGACUCUGUUUCUUUCUUCACUCAUUUCAAGUUCCAUGGCCGAUUCAGCUCGCCGGAAACCGAGUUCGCAAGCAAGAAAGCUAUCUUGGUGCUGUUCUUUAACUGGGUAUCCUCCAAGCCCUGAGAACCCAGUAAUAUUAGCUAAAGCUAUUCACAAAAAGACUGACUCAGUCUAUAAACUCAGCUCUAACUCGGUCCCUAACUCGCCUCUCAACACGAAAUCCGGGUUAAACUUCGUGGGUAGAAUUGACCCGCGUCGGAUCCUCUCCCCUGGCCGUGUCUCUCCUAUAGACUCCGAUCCGGCUGCCGGCUCAUUUCAAGAAAUCGUCACUGAGCUGUCACAUUCGGACCCCGUUGUUCAAUCUGCGCCGAAAUCGAGAUCCGAAUCUUUCCGGGUCAAGAAUGACGGGUCUUUAUCACAUUUGGGUUCUGGGUCAGAGCCGUGUGGAGGUGUUUGCGAUGUGAGGUUGAAUUUGAAGGGUAAAAGGGGAGGAGGUUUGGUACUGGAAACGAGUUCGGAGGUUCUAAUUGCAAAUUCGGAGGUUUUUUGCGGGUUGAUUUCGGAAUAUCGAAAUGGUUUGGGUUCAAAGAGUAAUAGUAAUAAUAAUAAUAAUAGUAGUAGUACUAGUUGUAAGGAUUCAUUGAAGAUGUGUAGAAUAGAGGUGCCUGAUUUGGAGAAUUUGGGAGUUUUUAGGGACACGAUUGAGCUAAUGUUUGAGGAGGAUAUAACUAAACGGCUCUUGAAGAUUGGGGUUUAUAGAGCCAUUGAUAUACUUGAGGUAUCAGUUGGCAUCAAGUUUAACAAAGGUGUUUUGUCUUGUUUGAAAUUCCUUGAGGCUGUUCCUUGGACUGAGGAAGAAGAGGAAAAACUAAGGGGCCUAUUUGCAGUGUUUAAGUUUGAGGAGGCAGCAUCUCAAGACAUUUUAGCAAGACUCUGCUUGAAUAGCUCAGCAGAUUCCAAACAAAACUUAGCUAGACAGCUUGUUUGGUCUAUCACCACAUGUACAGAUACCAAUGCUAGAAAUGAACUGAAAUCACUAGUGAAGGGUCUUUUAUGCAAGAGCUCUAUCUAUGAGAAGGAUCAACCCGAAUUAGAUAAGAGGGAUCUCUAUGUUGUUUGUCAGUCUUGUCUAGGUUCAUUGCUGACUCUCUUGGAGGAGGGCUGUUACACUUCACCCAAUGGGAGAGUGGCAAAAAGAGAAACAGGUAAACCUUUGAUUGAACGCAUCUCCAGACAGGUUGAUAACAUAAACUGGUUGCUAGAGAUCCUCAUUGAUCGGCAGAUGGGUGAGGAGUUUGUGGAUAUGUGGGCAGAUCAAGGAGAACUGCUUAAACUGCAUGAGAGUGCAUCUCCAAUGGUCAGAUAUGAGCUUAGCCGGGUUUCAGCAACACUUUUUAUUGCAAUGGGAGCUAGAAAACUGCAUUGUCGGGCAGAGGCAAGAGCUGGGCUUCUCCAGGCAUGGUUUGACCCAAUGCUAUCAGACUUUGGUUGGCUGCAGAGAUGCAAAAAGGGGUUAGACACGAAGGCAUUGGAAGAAGCCUUGGGUCAGACACUCCUAACACUUCCCCUGAAGCAGCAAUACAUGUUGUUCAUGGAAUGGUUUAGGUGCUUCUCCAAGCAUGGCACUGAAUGCCCCAAUCUCAGCAAAGCAUUCCAGAUUUGGUGGCGUCGAUCAUUUCUAAGAGGUUCAGAAAGUUAUGCCAUUGAAUCCAGGUAAUAGAGAGGGCAAUCUCAUGUCAUUUUCAACUCCUGUAACAUUGGCAAAUGAUAGGUUGAGGGAUUCUGAAAUUAAAUAAUGUAGAUUAACCAUGUAGAAUUGUUGUAAUAGCUGGUAGAGAUAGAAUGGGUUCAUAUUCUUUCUAUGAGAUUUUCUGCUGCAUCUUUGUCAAGUGAACUCAUCAAAGAGCUGUCAAGGUAGAAGGCAAAAAUAGUUAGUGGUUUUUUUCA